AUGCCAUUUGUUGUUAAGAUUCCUGAAAAUGUUAUCAUCAGGAGAACAAGUCAAGAAAAACAAAAAGAAACAAAAUCCAAAAACACUAGUUUUAAAUAUCAAUCGCGAUGUAAUCGAACUAAGUUUAAGUCUGAUGCGAUAUCAAAAUUGAAUUUCUUUGCAGAAUUUUUCGCUGAUAGUGAAAGUGAUGAAAUAGAAAAUCUUCCAAUGAUAAGUAAAAGAAUGAAACCAAAGAAAAAAAAGACUUCAUUGCGUUGUUUACAUUGUCCAAAAACUUAUCUCAGCCAAGCAUCACUUGGACGACACAUACAGGAGAAGCACGAAGGUAAAGUUUUUCUCUGUCUUUAUUGUGAUUUUAAGGCAAAAAGGAAAUACUAUCUUCAACAUCACAUGAAAACUCACCAACCUAAAAAGUAA